GCGUAGGACGCGCGCGCCGCGGCUCUCCGUGUCAAACGUUACGCUGUCUGAAUUUGAUAUAGAAUUCGAAGUUUCAAAUAUAAAAAAAAUAAAGCUAAAAGCAACGUGCCAGUUGCAAUUUACGGUUUUAAAUAUAGAAUCUAUCCGUGGCCGAUUUUCAUUUCUGAAUUUAAAAGAAUUAAAUCUAAUGAAGAGAAAUGACAAAUAUUAGUUAUACUUACGUAUUAUAAGCCAACAUUUAAAAUACAUUAUCUGUAUUUAUUUAUUCAAAGUGUGAAAGUGAGACAAAAAGACUAUAUCGUAAAAUGGAAGUGGCCCAAGCUCCUUUACAACUGACGCAAGACCAUCAGGACGGAAGAAUUAGAGACGACAACACCUCUCCUCUAAGAUGGUCACCGCCAACGUCGGCAGCUCUGGUCGCAGCAGCAUUAGCACCACCAGCAUUGAGACCAUGGCUGCCAGACCCGCCUACUAAGAAGACCAACCACUUGGGUAAGACAGGCCUCGUGUGCGUUGUGUGCGGCGACACCAGUUCAGGCAAGCAUUACGGCAUUCUGGCUUGCAAUGGCUGCAGCGGGUUCUUCAAGCGCUCAGUCAGACGGAAACUCAUCUACAGAUGUCAAGCGGGAACAGGUCGCUGUGUGGUGGACAAGGCUCACAGGAACCAGUGUCAAGCGUGCAGACUCAAGAAGUGCUUGGCUAUGGGGAUGAACAAAGAUGCCGUACAGAACGAGCGGCAACCUCGCAACACAGCCACCAUCAGACCUGAAGCGCUGAGGGACAUGGACCAGGAGCGAGCUUUGAGGGAAGCAGCUGUAGCCGUCGGGGUCUUUGGCCCUCCAGUGUCACUCGCCAUGGCACUGUCUCCUGGCCGCUACCCGCUGCUGUCGCCCCACUACACUCCCCUACCCCCUCAACCGCAACAACCGCAGCCGGACUCCUCACACGAAGACGUCAAUCCACAUACUGAUAGCGAUGAUGAUAGCAUCGAUGUGACCAAUGAAGAAGAUUCCACAUCAUACUCCCCGCCGUCUGUCAACAGCUACCCACAGUCAUGUGUUCCUUACAGGCCUCUUGGUGUUGAGAGCGCAGCCGAGACAGCAGCUCGCCUCCUGUUCAUGGCAGUCAAAUGGGCUAAAAAUUUACCUUCCUUCGCGAGUCUUGCCUUCAGAGACCAGGUGAUCCUACUAGAAGAGGCGUGGUCUGAGCUGUUCCUGCUGAACGCGAUCCAGUGGUGCUUGCCGCUCGACGCCGCCUGCGCCGCGCUGUUCGGCAGCGACCAGGCCGACCAAGAGAGUGGCGCGAGUUCCGCGGCGCUGAGCCGGCUGCGCGCGGUGCUGGGCCGCUACCGCGCCGUGCUGGUGGACCCGGCGGAGUUCGCCUGCAUGAAGGCGAUAGUGCUCUUCAAGUCGGAAACACGCGGCCUCAAAGACCCACUGCAGAUCGAGAAUCUACAGGACCAAGCGCAGGUGAUGCUGAUGUCGCACGCGCGCGCCGCGCACGCCGCCGCGCCCGCGCGCUUCGGCCGGCUGCUGCUGCUGCUGCCGCUGCUGCGGCUCGUCACGCCGCAGAGCUUGGAGAAGGAGUUCUUCGCAAAGACCAUAGGGCAGACGCCGAUGGAGAAGGUCUUAGCUGACAUGUAUAAAAAUUAAGAUUAUCUGUGUUUUAUUGUAAACUUGUAAAAUCUAUAUUCGACAUUCAACUUAAAGUGUCCAAAAGCUGCUGUGACUGCUGAUUAUGUGUCCCUUGGUCUGACCUUUACGAUUCUUGCAACAACAUCACAUUAGGUGUCUCCUUUUGGCUGGCAGCAAUGGUAUUCGUAAACCAAUCUUGGUCAUUAUAUUUGGCAAAAAAAAGUUCUAUAAUCUCUUAUUUAUUGGUAGGUACCUACUAGGUUUCUGUAAAGAAAAUUUUAAGAACGUCUGCUUUUGUAAAUAUCUUGGCCUAACACUGUAUGUACCUAGGUACUGUAAAUAAAAUAUGUAAAAUGACAUAUUCACAUACAUAUAAACCGUAUUACCUAAUAAAAUGUCUUUACUUACCUAUGUACCUAUUUCUCAUUAUAUGAACAUCAAUAUAGAAUAUGUCUUUAAAAUGGAAAUCAGAUAGCAUAACUGAUAUCACAACUUUAUAAUAAUUACGACUUAGGAUACCUACUACCUAUAGGUAAGUACCUAUAAUUAGCAAGCAGUACAAUUACCUACAUUUGGUACACGGCGGCGUGUAGUGUUUCAUUAGUGUCGCACUUUUUUUUUAUUAAACAUUUAUAAAAUUAACAUUGUACCAGUACUUUACUUAUUUAUAAAAUAGGAUAAUUAAAUUGAUUACUAUGUGUGGUACAAUUUAAUAAACACUAAUCACAGCCCACGCAGGCAUUCAAAACGCUCGUGAAAUUCAUCCUCACAGAGUCACAGUGACUAUGCCGCCGCUCAUAUCAAACUUUUAUCGCAUCGUACGAAUCUUGAGAUCCUGGCAGAAGGGGCUAACCCGAGAGGUGGUAGAAAAGAGGAUCCUAAGCUGUGACACUCUGUAGCUAAGGAAGCAUCUAUUUACGCAUGUUAUUUAAUAGUUAAGUACCUACUUGUAAUAAAUAUGUCGUCCUUUCCCUACUAAAUUAAAUAGUAUAGAGAUAAUAAACUUAAGAACUUAAAAGUCGAAGUGGCCAAAAAUUAGGAAUUAUUAUAAUUUAGUGUUUCUAUAGAAGAGUCUGCCCUAUUUAUAAAUGUAAAUAAAAAUGUAUAUAGCUAAAUGAAAUCUUUUUGCUUGUAGAAAAUGUUGUAUUGCAUUAGAAUUGUGUAAAGAUGCGGAAGUACUGCCAAGGUGUAACCAAAAAAUAGCUGAAUAAAUGUGAUGUAUGUACUUGUUA